UCCCCCCCAUCAUUCAGUUACAGGCUGCUGUUAUAACUGUCCAAACAGUGCUGUUCCUGAGUAUGGUUUGGGUCAGUUGUCCAUCCACAGUUCACAAGAAUCACUACUUCUCCUACAGUGCUAGUUAGAUUUUACUUGCACACAGCUGUCACUCAGUGGGUCUUUAACCUGUUAUCAUGAUCAUAUUCAUAAUGGAUUGUGAGCCAGAUUAGGCGCUACUUUGAUGUUCUUGUUGUAGAUGGUUUUGGUCAAGUCUGUAUGUUCUUUCAUGGGCUCUUUAUGGUAGACAUGGAUCAUUCCUUUGGAUAGGAGGUGUUUGUCUUUACCAUGGAAAGGAUCCUGUGAUCAUCCCUCUCUAUUUUUAUUCUGUUUACUAAGCAUUUUUAUGUUCCCGAGUUCACUAAUGCGUUUUGUGUUGUUUUUUGCCGUCAAAGAGUGGCCUGUGUAAUUUGCAUUGAGGGCUCAGUUGAGCAUACAGAACUUGGAAGCUGCCGUUUCCAGCAGCAGCUUCCAAAUGCAAGUGCUAUACUUAAACGCGUUGCCUUUACUUGCUUGAUUUAUGACAAAAUGACAGGAUUAGACAGGUACAGUCUGGGUAGGAUCUCAUAAAUUGCCUCAAAUUUGGCACCGUUGUUAAAAAAAACAAAAAAAACCCCAAACUUGACAAACGACAACAAGAAAAAAUGAAUUCCUUCCAUCCAUAAUGGCCACCUGUGGGACCGAACAGAUAUAUCGCCAUUCAAAGUUAAAUAAGGAUGAUCCUUAGAAGUCUCAUAUGUAGGACCUGCUUUAGACAGUGUUUAUGUGCGGACUCGUGGCUAAUGGAGUAAUCUCAAAGAGUUCUCUUGGCCUUACAUUUAGUAUUUACCCAUAUUUUCCAUUUUAAAUGCAAUAUUUUGAAAAUUUUAAUAUUUUUCCCUAUGCUGCCAAACCCUAUUGGCUAUUAAAACAUCCCAGUGUAUUUCAUCAUUCUGUAGGCCUUUUGGGUAAUCUCAAACAUUAUUCCUCAUUCAAACUGGAGCUUUAAUGUGAAGCAGAGUGCUGCUUACAGGCUGUAUGAACUGCUAACUGGUUUGCCAGUUGACUGGUGAUAUCCUGCAUAUAUGCUGCUUGUGUUGUUCUGUUCCAGCAUGUGCUCGCACACUUUGUCUGGGGCAUUGGGGUGUUAAUGGAUUACUGAAAGGUGUUGACUCAGGUGUGUGUGUGUGUGUGUGUGUGUGUGUGUGUGAGAGAGGGUGGUACAGUGCUCAAAGUGUGCUGGGAUCUAGUUCAGUCACCAGUCUCGAGUUCCCGUUUGUCUCUCAUGCUCCCUCUGCCACUCUGUGAUCUGUCUCCUGUUGUCUCAGUCUUGCUUCAGCCUGUCCUUUUUUUCUUCCUCACUCCUGCACGUUAGUUGGCUGCAUUUACCGUUCACCGCUUUUCUCUCUUUGCGAUGUCUUCUUUUUGCAUUGCUUAACAGUCGCUUACCCUCAACAUGGAUAUCGGAGGACUCACAACCGUGGUAGCAAAUUCUGCUUACAUCAAUGCUCGUGGAAGCAUCGAUGGCUCUAAUCCAGCAGCAGCUCGGGAUAAAAAGUACCACUCUCGCCUCAAAUUGCCCCACAUCACUGUGUGCGAGGGCCUGAGGGACACCUUAGAUUUAUCCUUUGACUCAGUCUGUGUUGAACAGCCGAUUGGCAAACGUCUCUUUAGGGAAUUCUUGGACGCAAACAAAGAUUAUCAUGGGGCAUGUCGCUUGUGGAAAGACAUCGAGGACUAUGACCUGGCAGAGGACUCUGAAAGGGCGAAGAAAUCUUCCAAGUUAGUUCAGCGUUACAUGGACCCCUCUGCCAAACACUUCUGCCCGUUCCUCAGUGAGGACAUCAUAGCGAAGGUGAAAGAAUCCCUCGAGGCUGUAGGUGAUGAUUUGUUUUCUGCAGCGCUGGCCAAGACUUUGGACUAUCUGCGCGAGGCCCCCUACACUUUCUUCCUGGAGAGCAUGUACCUGAAGAGGUUCCUGCAGUGGAAAUGGCUGGAGAUGCAGCCCAUGGAUGAAGACUGGUUCCUCGAUUUCCGUGUGCUGGGGAAAGGUGGGUUUGGAGAGGUGUCUGCCUGUCAGAUGAAAGCCACGGGAAAACUGUACGCCUGUAAGAAACUCAACAAGAAGAGGCUGAAGAAGAGGAAAGGCUACGAGGGGGCGAUGGUGGAGAAAUGUAUUCUUGAGAAGGUUCACAGUCGCUUCAUUGUGUCGCUGGCGUACGCCUUUCAGACAAAGGAGGAGCUUUGUCUGGUCAUGACCAUCAUGAAUGGAGGAGAUCUCAAGUACCAUAUUUACCUGGUGGAUGAAAACAACCCAGGGUUUAAUGAGCCUCGAGCCUGUUUUUACAUUGCCCAGAUCAUUCAGGGCUUGGAACACCUCCACCAGAAAAGAAUCAUCUACAGAGAUCUCAAACCAGAAAAUGUGCUGCUCGAUAAUGACGGGAAUGUACGUAUAUCUGACUUGGGUCUUGCUGUGGAACUGAAAGAAGGCAAAACCAUGACAAAAGGCUAUGCUGGGACUCCAGGUUACAUGGCACCAGAGAUGCUAAAGGGAGAAAAGUACGACUCCUCGGUUGACUACUUCACUCUUGGAGUGACUUUGUAUGAAUUCAUGGCUGCUAAGAACCCAUUCAGAAACAGAGGAGAGAAGGUGGAACGUGAGGAGAUGAAAGAGCGUAUGCUAACUCGGGUGGUGACCUACACUGACAGCUUCAGCGAGCACGCAAAGUCUUUGUGUGAUGGGCUGCUGGCCAAGGAAGUGGAUCAGAGGAUGGGUUUUAAGAAUGGAUGCUGUGAUGAAAUCAGAGCACAUCCAUUUUUCAGCGGCAUUAACUGGAGGAAACUGAACGCAGGAAUUCUACCUCCUCCUUUUGUCCCUGACCCCAAAGUGGUGUAUGCUAAAAGUCUGGAUGACGUCGGGGCGUUCUCCUCGGUGAAGGGGGUGACAGUGGAGGAUCCUGACAAGAACUUUUUCGAUGAGUUCGCCACGGGCAACAUCUCCAUUCCUUGGCAAGAGGAGAUGAUCGAGAUGGGAAUUUACGGAGAGCUCAACGUUUGGGGCCCCGAAGGCACCAUCCCCAACGACCUGCGCAGGGAGUCCAUACUAGAGCAGCCAAAGUCAUCGACGUGUUGCAUGUCUUAGAGUCACUAACACGCGUGAACUGCACAGACUUUUGUUUCUUUAGAGCAUGCAGCAUGAAGACACCAUGAGAGACACCAGUCGGUUCUGAACUUUGUGAUUGCACACUGAAACAGUUUGCAGGUUUUAUUAUGUCGACAUGGGAACAGCGAGAAUAGACUGGAGGCGGACUUCCAGCCUGAAAUGAACUUGAUCAUAGAUUUAGGUGUUGAAAAAUUCCAAAUUGUUGACAUCAUCUGUCAUCUAUUGUCCCUUCAGUCUUCUGCCCCUCAUCUCCUUUCACCAUUAACCUGCUCACUUACUUCUCUUUAUAUGUAUAUGUGAUUAAUUAUUGUAAAGCUUUUAGAUUUAAAAUGCAUUAAAACAAAAAAAUCCAAUUUUGGAGCCAGGGUUUAGUGAUGUGUUAUCUUUGGUGCUAAGUGACAGUCACAUGUUGACCAUGUAAGAACUGCCUAUCUGCUCCUGUAGGGUUCAUGUCAUUUAAUAGAAGGUGUCUUUUUUCUUUUAUUAGUGUUUAAUACAUACUAAAUGCUAACACAUCAGAGAUGCAAAGUCUCGUGCCUGUGGAACUCUUUUUCUUAAGGGGUUUAUUUCAUGGGUUUCGAUGACUUUCGAUGGUUUUAUGACUAUUCCAGCGCAGAGUCACUUUGAUAAGUUUAUAUGUAGUCUAGAUAGUGUGAGACAAAUAUGAGUAUAGGAUGAAUGUUUACGGUAAAAUGAUUUAUUUUCAAAAACUGUUGGACUGAAGUUGAAAUAUCAAAUAUUUGGGACAAAAACCCCCAAAUCUGGCAAAUAAAAUAGCUUAUUGAAA